GUGUUUGUGUUUUUAAGACAUAAACCUCUCAAACUAUCGAGAGGUUUCCAAGAACUACCGAUUUUCAGUUGAGUAUGAUUCUAAUGAUAUGAUCGGUUUCCCUAGCCAUGUUUUCAUGAAGAAGUUUCCCACAUGCACUCCAGAUCUUCGAUUUGUUGCAGAAGGGGAUGACCCACGUGUGAUUUAUUCUAAAAAACUCAACCUUUGUGGGUGUCUCAACCUCCCUGUGUUUGAAUUAGAUGGUGAAACUUGCUUGGGUGUUGUUGAGGUGGUGACAACUUCCCAGAAAAUCAACCUCCGGGAUGAAUUCGAAAACAUUUGUAAAGCUCUUGAGGCUGUUGAUCUAAGGAGUUCGGAAUUCUUGAUCCAUCCAAAGCAAAAGGAUUUCAUUGAACCAUACGAUGCUGUACUUUCGGAGAUUCAAGAUGUUUUGAGAAGCACAUGCAAUACUCUCAAUUUGCCAUUGGCUCAAACAUGGGGCCGAUGUGAAGGCAGAUCCGGACCCAUUUCCGUGAUCGAAUCCGCUUCGUAUGUGUACGAUCCGGAGAUUUUAGGGUUCUUUGAGGCGACUUCCAGCCAGCAGCUUGUAUCAGGAGAAGGUAUUGCUGGUAAAGCGUUGGGUACAAACCAACCUUGCUUUACUGACAUUAAUGAUUUUUGUAGGACUGAUUAUCCGAUAAGUUCUUAUUACGGCCUCAAUGCUGCCAUGGCAAUACGUCUCCGUAGCACCUACACGGGACCCACCGAUUUCAUCCUCGAGUUUUUUCUCCCCCGCAACUGCAAACGAGAUGAUGAACAAAAACAGAUUGGAACCUCGAUAAUUACGAUGAUAAAACAAAUUUCUUGGAGCUUGCAUUUGAUAAACGCUGAAGAACUAAUGAAAGACAUGAAAACCCGUGAUGAAUCUUGGAUAUCCAAUAUGGUGGAAGCGCGGGAGAAGGGCGAAACGGUCAUUUUGUCGAUGGGAUGUCAUAAGGAAGAUCGAGAAGAAGAAACAAAUACCCGACAUGAAUCUUGGAUAGCGGAUAUGAUGAAAGCCAGGGAGAGAGGUGAAAAUAUCAUUUUAUCCAUGGGGUGUCACAAGGAAGAACCGGAAGAAGAGUUUCAGGUGAUAAACCAAUUUUAUAACGGACUCGAAAAUCAAAGUUUUCUAGAGUGGGGAACUAGAACCGGAUCAAAAGGCCAAUCAAAACGGCCAAGCAUUAAGAAUCGGGUGAAGACAGAGAGGAACAUAAGUUUGCAAGAUCUCCAACAAUACUUUCCUGGGAGUCUUAAGGAUGCUGCUAAGAGCAUUGGGGUGUGCCCGACUACAUUAAAACGGAUAUGCAGACAGCACGGAAUCAUGAGAUGGCCAUCUCGAAAGAUCAAGAAAGUAAGCCAUUCUUUAAAGAAACUCCAACUCGUUAUCGACUCCGUACAAGGUGCUGAGGGGAUGAUCAAACUCGGAUCAUUCUAUACCAAUUUCCCGGACCUAAACUCCCCGAUUUCACUUACACCUAAACCAAAAGUUAACAAUCGGGUCAACCUCUUAAAAAAAUCCCAAACACCAUCCAAUUCUUCAUCUUCUUGUAGCCGUGAUUCAAGUAGUUCAUCAGGAAACAACUUUCCCAUGCAUACCAAAAACGAAAACGCUCACGGGUCGCAAAAGAGAAAGUUAUCCAGCUACAACAACAUGAACGACUUGCUCUCAACACCAAAAGACAAACUAGUUGACGAUCAUCGGUUUAUGGAGGCUAUCCCACCAACACUGAAUGAUGAAGGAAUUUUUAGAGUAAAAGCUACUUACGGUGACGAGAAAAUCCGGUUCCGUAUGUCAAAAAAUUGGAGUUUCAUGGAUUUGCAUCAAGAGAUUUCGAAGCGGUUUAAUAUAUAUGAUAUGGGAAAUAUUAGGAUUGAGUAUAUAGAUGAUGACUCGGAAUGGGUACUUUUGGCAUGUGAUGAUGACAUUGAGGAAUGCAUGGAUUUGCAUACAUCUAUCAACAAUAAAACGAUUAAACUUGUUGUUCACCGGUCUACCCACCCAUCAUUCAUGUGGUAGUUUUUGCAGUUGGGUAGUAAUUUAUGUACUCCAUUAGCUGCUGGGACCUUACGGUUGUUUUAGUAUAAAGUUCAAAAUUUGCUCCUUGGUAGUUAAAGGUGUUAAUCCGUUUGUUUGAUGCUCUAUCUCUCAAUAAAUAUUGAGAUCGUAACGAGUAGAGGAUUUGAAUUUGUAUCUAAAGAGAGUUUGAGAAUUUACGAUAAUUAAGUAUUUGACUUUUUUGA